UUUUCAGGAUGUCAGUGAACAUUUCCACUGCAGGAAAAGGUGUGGAUCCAAGCACAGUUGAUACUUAUGACAGUGGUGAUGAUUGGGAAAUUGGGGUUGGGAAUUUAAUAAUAGAUUUGGACGCUGAUUUGGAGAAGGACAGACAGAAAUUUGAGAUGAAUAAUUCCAAUAACAGCACUAGCAGCAGCAGCUCCAAGGAUUGUGGGAGUUUGGCAUCCAGUGGGGCUAAUGCUACCACCGUCUUAGCUGAUGGCCUAAAAUUUGCUUCUGUUCAUCCCUCUGCUCCCCAGGGGAAUUCACACAAAGAGACCAGCAAAUCAAAAGUGAAAAGGAGUAAAACUUCUAAGGAUGCUAAUAAAUCUCUGCCUUCUGCUGCCUUGUAUGGGAUUCCUGAGAUCAGCAGUGCUGGUAAGAGGCAGGAAGUCCAAGGGCGCCCUGGAGAGGCAACUGGCAUGAAUUCAGCACUGGGUCAAAGUGUGAGCAGCAGCAGCUGUGGCAACCCAAACAGCAAUAAUACCAAUACCAGCACCAGCACCACUAUUGUUGCCACAGGGGCAGCCUCUUGUGGGAAAAAUAAAGAGGAGAAAACAGGUAAAAGUCAGAGCAAUAGAGGCUCCAAGAGGGAUAAGGAUGCAGGGAAAUCCAGGAAAGACAAGCAUGACCUGCUUCAGGGCCAUACCAAUGGCAGUGGUGGCCAAGCCCCCCCUGGGGGGCAUCUAUAUGGCUUUGGGGCCAAGGGCAAUGAUGGCGGGAGUCCCUACCACUGUGGGGGCACUGGGAGUGUCACCUCCUCCACUGGAGGGGAAGUUAGCAAAAAUGCCUCGGAUUCAGGGCUCUUGGGGAACUCUAUUUUGGUAAAGAAAGAAGAGGAGGAGGAGGAGAACCACAGGCGAAUCAAGAAACUGAAAACAGAGAAGGUUGACCCCCUGUUCACAGUGCCAGCACCACCACCACCAAUUUCCAGUAGCAUCACGCCUCAGAUUCUGCCUUCAUACUUUUCCUCAUCUUCAUCCAAUAUUGCAGCCCCAGUUGAACAGCUUUUGGUACGAACUCGUUCAGUGGGUGUUAAUACAUGUGAAGUUGGAGUAAUAACUGAGCCUGAAUGUCUGGGACCUUGUGAACCUGGAACCAGUGUGAACCUGGAAGGGAUUGUGUGGCAUGAAACAGAUGAAGGUGUCUUAGUGGUAAAUGUCACAUGGAGGAAUAAGACCUACGUGGGUACACUGCUGGAUUGCACAAAGCAUGAUUGGGCACCCCCAAGGUUUUGUGAGUCACCAACAAGUGAUCUGGAGAUGAGAGGAGGUCGAGGAAGAGGGAAGCGAGCAAGGUCUGCAGCAACUGUACCAGGAAAUGAUGCUAGCUUUUCAGAAGCUAGAGGGCUACAGAAUAAGAACAGAGGUGGUGCUAAUGGAAAAGGGAGGAGGGGUAACCUUAACUCAAGUGGACGCAGGACACCUCCAAACUGUGCUGUUGAAGAUGUCAAAGCCAGUCCCUCUUCUACCAAUAAAAGAAAAAAUAAACCUCCCAUGGAACUGGAUUUGAACUCCAGUUCAGAGGAUAAUAAGUCUGGAAAGCGUGUUCGUACUAAUUCUAGAAGUACUCCAACCACCCCUCAGGGGAAACCAGACACUACUUUUUUGGACCAAGGUUGCUCUUCUCCAAUAUUAAUUGAUUGUCCACACCCAAACUGUAACAAAAAGUACAAGCACAUUAAUGGACUGCGUUAUCACCAGGCUCAUGCACACUUAGACCCAGAAAGCAAACUGGAAUUUGAGCCUGAGAGUGAGGACAAAAUUUCAGAUUGUGAGGAAGCACUGAGUACUAUGACAUCUCAAUUCAAUGAGCCAAGCACAAAUAUAUCAACAUUUGAUCCAUUAAAAGCACCAACAUCCCCUAGCUCUAUAAAUACUCCUGGAACACCCAAAGGCAAAAAAGAAUUGAUUAAUAAUGGCCCAAGUUCAAUGAUCAGUUCUAAAGCUGGCAAGAAUUCUGGCAAAAAGAAGGGCCUUAACAAUGAACUCAAUCACCUUCCAGUGAUUUCUAAUAUGGCAGCCACAUUGGAUAGUUGCUCAGUAACAGAUGGCAGUUUGACUACUGAAAUGCCCAAAUUGGAAGCAGAGGGAUUAAUAGACAAGAAAAAUGCAGGAGAUAAAGAUAAGAGCAAAAAAGCUAACAGUUGCAAAGUGGACAAAAACCUUUCAAAACUUAAAACUGCCAGGCCUAUUGCUCCUGCUCCAACUCCUACUCCUCCCCAGUUGAUAGCUAUUCCUACUGCAGCCUUUACAACUACUACUACAGGGUCAAUAUCAGGAUUGCCCUCACUCACAACCACUGUUGUUCAGGCUACACCAAAGAGUCCUCCAUUAAAACCUAUUCAACCAAAGCCCACAAUUAUGGGAGAGCCAAGCACUAUAAACCCAGCUCUCACAUCACUCAAAGACAAAAAGAAAAAGGAAAAGAGAAAGGUAAAAGAUAAAGAAAGCAAAGAAUCAGGAAGCCCUAAAAUGGAUGUGAAGCUAGGAAAGCUUGAGGACACAAAGGGGUCUGGGAAAGAUUUAUCUGGACAUUUUUUAAAGGACCAUCUCUGCAAGAAUGAAGUGCUAGCUAAUGGUCUGUCAGAAUCUCAAGAGAGCAGGAUGGCAAGUAUUAAAGCUGAAGCUGAUAAGGUUUACACUUUUACAGACAAUGCACCUAGCCCUUCUAUAGGGAGUGCUUCUAGAAUGGAAUGUAACCCUUUGGUGAAUGGACAGUCUCCUAUGCCACCAUUGCAUGUGCUGACACAAAAUGGGACAGAAAAUUCAGCCACUAAAACAAAUAGCCCUGCUUAUUCUGAUAUAUCUGAUGCUGCUGAGGAUGGUGGUUCUGACAGCAGGUCAGAGGGCAUGAGGUCAAAGGCCAGUUCACCUUCUGAUAUUAUUUCUAGUAAGGACAGUGUUGUAAAAGGGCAUUCUUCAGCUACAGCACAAUCAUCCCAAGUGAAAGAGCCCCAUUCUCCCUAUUACCAUGGCUACGAUACCUAUUAUUCUCCAAGUUAUAUGCACUCAGGCCAAGUCAGCACCCCUGCAGCUGGGAACAGUACUUACACACAGGGAAUGAAGAUCAAAAAGGAAUCUGAGGAAGAAAUGGAAAGAAAAGACAAGGCAGAGCCAUUAGAUUCUAAGAAAAUGGAAAACAAUUCUAAUUUACCACCUCAACAUCAGUCAGUAAUAACUCAAAGACAUCCUGCACUUGCCCAGUCACUUUAUUAUGGACAGUAUGCCUAUGGUCUCUAUAUGGACCAGAAAUCCUUAAUAGCCACUAAUCCUGCUUACAGACAGCAGUAUGAGAAAUAUUAUGAGGACCAGAGAUUGGCAGAACAGAAAAUAGCUCAAACUGGAAGAGACUGUGAGAGAAAAAAUGAACUCCCUUUGAAAGAACUGGGCAAGGAGGACAGUAAACAGAAAAAUAUCCCAUCUGCUACCAUCUCUAAAGCUCCUACUACUCCAGAGCCUAACAAAAACAAUACUAAACUUGGGCCAUCAUUACCUAAUAAAACUGAGGAGACAGGUAAAUCACAGAUUCUGUCCAAUCAUCAGCAGCAGCUUCAGUCCGACAGCUUCAAAGCUAAGCAGAUGGAAAACCACCAACUUAUUAAGGAGGCUGUAGAAAUGAAAUCUGUCAUGGAUUCCAUGAAGCAGACAGGUGUAGACCCAACCACAAGAUUUAAACAAGAUCCAGAUUCAAGGACAUGGCACCAUUAUGUCUACCAGUCUAAAUACCUCGAUCAGCAAAAAUCAGAAGAGCUUGAUAGAGAAAAAAAGUUAAAGGAGGAUAGCCCAAGGAAAACACCUAAUAAAGAUAGUAUGAUACCUGGCCUCCCUGUGUCAUUAACAAGUAUCAAAGAAGAACCCAAAGAAGCCAAGCAUCCUGAUUCUCAGUCACUGGAAGAGAAUAAGAUAAAAAAUGAUGAUCGAAAGACUCCUGUAAACUGGAAGGACUCACGAGGAGCCAGAGUGACUGUCUCCUCUCCAAUGAGUCAACAUCAGUCAUACAUACAGUAUUUGCAUGCUUAUCCUUAUCCACAGAUGUAUGAUCCUAGUCAUCCUGCAUACAGAGCUGUCUCUCCUGUCCUAAUGCACAGCUAUCCUGGGGCCUAUCUCUCUCCAGGAUUUCAUUAUCCUGUUUAUGGGAAGAUGUCAGGGAGAGAAGAGGCGGAAAAAGUCAAUACCAGUCCUAGCAUCAGCACGAAAACAGCCACUGAAUCUAAAGCACUGGAUUUGCUUCAGCAGCAUGCCAACCAGUACCGCAGCAAGUCCCCUGCUCCUAUAGAAAAGACUGUAGCUGAACGUGAGCGGGAAGCAGAGAGAGAACGAGAUCGUCACUCCCCCUUUAGUCAACGUCAUCUUCAUACUCAUCAUCACACACAUGUUGGAAUGGGCUAUCCAUUAAUACCGGGUCAGUAUGACCCCUUCCAAGGGUUAACCUCUGCUGCCCUUGUGGCUACUCAGCAGGUGGCUGCUCAAGCUUCUGCAUCUGGUAUGUUUCCUGCACAGAGAAGGUAAAUAUCCUGUGAAUUUUGAAUUGCUUUUAAAGAAAGAGACAUAUUAACAGGGAAAAAAGAAAUCUCAUGAUAGGUUUUUUUUUUUAAUUCAAAAGUCAGGCUCCUUCUAAACUGUAAUUUUUUUUUUUUUACUUUGUAAUGCUAAUUGUGGCAUUUAUUUUUCUAAGAAUAUAUAUAUAUAUAUAAUACACACACACAAAACACAAUAUAAUCACACAAUCUUUGUACCUUAAAAUCUUUUAUUCUCCUUGCUUAAUCUAAUUGUAAUAGUUGUAAAAACAGGAAAUUUAUAUUGAUAAUGCUACAGAAAAAGACAAAUCUAAAUAUAUUUUUGUUUUCAUUCAAUCACAGGUUAAAAAUAAAAGUAAAACGAUUGAAUUUAACAUUAGAUAUGAAAAACUUUAUAUUGUAUUUUUAAAACUCAAAUAUUAUUUUAGAGUAAUUCAAGAAAUUAAUACAAUAAAACACACUCUUCACUUUCAUGGUUUUCAGUGUUAAUUAUGAAAAAAAUUGAUUUUCUUAAGGUCCCUUGUUUUCUUUUGCAGAGAGUGAAAACAUUGGAUAUGUACACUGUCAUGUGAUUGGAUCACAUGGAGAAGCGCUUUAUUACAGACAUCAGUUCCAUGGUGUUAAUUUGAAAUGCCUUAAUGGCAGGCAAAAAGCAGUCAUUUCAUUUUUGUAAAUUGCAGAUUUUAUCACAGAGUAACAAAUGUCGCUGUAAUUAAACUUCUUUUAUAUAUAUAAAUAUAUAUAUAUAUAAAUAUAUACAUACAUAUAUAUGUGUUAUAUAUGUAUAUUCUUUACUUUUUAUAUCAGUAACCAGGCUCAAAUACACAGGGUCUGCUGCCAAGUUGCAAGCCACACAAUAAAGGAAAAAAGUAAUUUUUGUCAUGUUGAAAAGUAUUAGCCACAAAAGGCUAUUUUUUUCUUUUCCUUUUGCUUUUAAAUUAUAAAUAAUGUUAUGUAUCAGUGUGCCUGAACCUUACAUACCCUUAAGAUAUUUCCACAAGCCUCUCAGAAGGACUAACUGUGAUGAUGACACUUUCAUACAAUUUAGAUGUCUAUUUGGUGGCUCCUGUUAAGAUGCAUCAGUGUGAAAUGUUAUUGUAUUCACUGUUUCAUUGUAAUUGUGUAUGGUGGAAAAUAUACUUUUGGAAGGCGUGGGGUUGCCAGUACCACAAAAACUGUGUUGUACAUAAUGUAUAGAUUUUAAAUGGGGAAAUAAUGAGCAUCUAUGAAUAAUGACACAUCCAUUUAAAAAAAUAUUGAAUGGCAAAUAACCCUAAUGCCUGCAUAUCAGAAGACAUCUGUGAUUGUUCUAAUACUUGAAUAGUCCCACAGUCUUUUUUUUUUUUUUUAAUGUUUACAAUUAUCCAGUUUUAGAAAAGAGACUUUAAUACCAUUGCCUGGUUACCUGUUUUAUGCUGUAAUUUAGUUUAUUUUGUGUAAAAUGUAUAUUGAAUGCUUUUUUUAUACAUGCCUUAAAUAAUUUGGCAAUCAGAAUUAAAAAAAAAGUUGUUUUUUUAAAA